AUGGCAAGCUGGGAAGAGUUUAUCUCUAGUGCGGAGCAGUCGCCCCCGCAGGCAGCUAUUCGCGACAGGGUGGUAACUGUCUUUAAGGAUGUGUUGCAUGCUGCAACUCCUUGGGAUGCUGAAGGGCUGACUGAGGAUUCCUUGACAAAUGCCAUAACAGAUUCUCCACCCGCUCUUGCACUGGCCCGGCGAACACUUCGGAAUGUAGAAGCAGCUGCCAAAGCUCGACGAGUACAGGUGUCGCAAAGCAUGGCUUUGACAGGUGCCGGAAGCGUGACAGCCAGUGCUAAGGCCUUGGCUGCAGCUAUGGCGCCAAUGAAGACGACGGACGCGCAGGACUUGUUAUCCAAAGCACACCUGACAGGAUUGCAAUAUCACUUGCAGCCUGACCAAGCCUUGUUCGACGUGUUGCAAGCUCACACGGAUGAGGCACGAAAGAAUGGAAAAACGCCCUUCCUUUUCGUGGACUUGACGGCAAAGGAUACCCUUCCGCUGUGGGUGCCCGGCGACAACGUCGGGGGGAAAUUUUCCUGGCGAGAUGAGGAAGAGUUUAGUUUGGCCAGCACUUCCCCGAUUGGGAGCUUAGGUGACCUCACCAGGGCGCUCAAAAGUGCUACCUCAACCCCACGCUUCUUCAGGUCGGUGCCGCAGUGGUCGGCAGCUUUCUGGCGAUGGGCCGUGGCAGCAGUGUCUGCACAGCACAUCACCAUGCCACAGGUUCUGGCUCAUCAAGAUGUCGUGCUGCAACUCUGCGAGCAGGAGAGGAAGCUCUGGGCUCGCAGAGCUGACAAGAAAGAUCCUUCAUUUGACCUGAACUCUGAGACUCAGAAGCUUGACAAGGACCUCAAAGAGAUUGUCAUGCAGAGGCUCAGCGUUGUCGUGCAGAUCACAGAGGUUGAAGGCAGUGGACCUGCAAGUGCGUCUUCAAGGAUGGACGAGAAGGUUACGCAACAGCUGGCCGCAGCGGAAGCUGCGCAAAAGAAAGCAGAGUUGGUUACCAAGAGUUUGGCAGCGGCUCAGAAGGGCAUUCUGGAGAAAGCUGCUGCGUCUGCGACGGUGAACACCACAACUGCCAACACCGGGGGUCAGCCAGAGGAGCGGAAGUUGUCGGCCAAGGAGUUGAAGACACAGAAGUGGUUUCAGAAACAGAAGCAGAGAAAAGAACAGCAGCAGUACAGAAAGAGAGGAAACUGA